CACUCGAGAGAGUUCGCGGAAAAAAAUAGUAGCGAAGUACAACCAGAUGGAAAUUGCGAUGUCGAUUCGAUUUCAUUGUUUAUCUCGAUCGUAAUUACCUUUAAACAUUUUAAAUUCAAACAGUUAGUUUAAUUUAUCCAUUUACAUGACGGAAAGGUGAUGUCUGAAGUUAAAAUUAGUUUGGACAAUUGUGCAGAAGAUGACAGAGAAUGGUAUGAAAAUGAUUUGCAGUUGGCUGCAGAACUUGGUAUGGCACUUUUAAAAAGAAAUCAAGAGCUUGAAAAUAUAGUUUAUCAAAAGCAAUUAAUUAUUGAUGAGCAAUUACAAGAAAUUGAGGUAUAUACUCUAGAUUUUCUCAACAAUGAUAUUAAAAGUAUUUACUGUUAUGAAUUCUUUCAUUUUCAUUUAGUAAUUCAUUUUAGUUUCAGCAGUUUCCAAACUUUUCCUGCUAUGCUUAUUACUCUACAAUAGUGUUUUAGAACAUUGAUUUG